CUCUCUCCAUACGCUGACGACGGUAUAUAAUAGCAACGCUGCCUUUGUCUCCUUUUUCUGAUUCUUGCUCAACCCCCCUCCCCCCUCGGUCCUCUUGCAAGCUACUGUCUCUCGUCCCUCAGCCGUCCUCUUGCCGUUGCGCUCAACUUGUGGAGACGCUCACCGGUUUGUUUUCCUUGACACCUCCCACCUUACUACGCACUCGAAACACCGUUGGGCGAAAGAGCAAAAACCCUGUCGCACUUGAAGCAGCUAGUGGGGAUACUACCUCCUUACACGCGGCAACCCCGCUCAAAGGGCGACCAAGAUGGCAUCGCUCUCGGCAUGCAUCUUGACCAGGACACUGUGUCCUCAACGUCACGCCAGUGCGACAAAACGGAUAGUUUCAUAUCCGUCGGUGAAAUAUUUUCGACCAACGCCUUUACAAUACCUAUUUCGCUGGUAUACCUCCGCCGCGCAAGCAACGCAGCCAACUGAUACACUGUACGAGCGCCGGUCGGCCUACGAAACCUUUGACAAAGUCAACCGCCCAAUACCCUCAAACGCAGCGUUCAACCCAAAUCCGGCCUCCACACCCACACGUGCCCACCCACCAACCCACAUCCACACCCAAACCGACGACCUCGCCGUGAUCGCGCACCUCUCCGACAUCCCCGCCUCCGCCGCAGCAGCAGCCGCCGAAAAGGGCGAAGAUAUAACGUUAUCGGAGGAGCAGGAACAAUUGCUGGAUCUGCUUAUGAGCGGCGAGAAUGUGUUUUAUACCGGACGUGCAGGGACGGGCAAGACGGUGCUGUUGAGGGAGUUUGUGAAGAGGGCUAGGGAGGCGGGGAAAAAUGUUGCUGUUACGAGUGCCACGGGGAUCGCCGCGUCGCAUAUCGGCGGACAAACGCUCCACAGCUUCAUGUCCCUGCGUCCGGAACACACUACGGAAGACACGAAAACGACCGAAACCACGUGGGCAGAGAAAGCAAGAAAGGAAUCCGAGUUCUACCGCUACAUCUCCAUGUUUCCCGCCCGCCACCUCCCCUACUCCGAAACCGACAUCCUCGUCAUCGACGAAGUCUCCAUGGUAACCCCCGAGGUGCUCGGCCUCCUCGAAAACACGGCCUACAUGGUCCGCCGCAAAGCAAAGAAAUUCCCUACGCGCGGCAUCGGGAGAUUGACCGACGCGGAGUUUUUGGAAGAGCGAAACACGUACCGGUUUGGUGGGAUGCAGGUGGUCAUGACAGGUGAUUUUUACCAGCUGCCGCCUGUCGUUUCCCGACCCACGGAUUACAAGCUGUUGAACGAAAUCAACAAAAUGGCGCCAUCCGAAAACCUCGGAUGCGGCGUGCCGAUGUCCCUCAAAGCCCCGGAAAAGCUGCCUGAUGCCUUAGUCGAAGCGGAAACCGAGACUACAUGGGAGGCCCUACCCGACCCCGCGAAUCCACAGAAGAAGCGGUAUCGGCGUCGGGUGCAAUACCUGUUUGAGUCAGUGACGUGGCGUCAACUGCGGACGCAUGGGAAGCUGAGGAUUGUGGAGCUGCAGACGGUGUUUCGGCAGAAAGAGCCGGAGUUUGUGGAGCUUUUGGAUAAGAUUCGGUUGGGGGUUUAUGAUGAGAGUGUUGAGAGACGGUUGAGGCCUUGUUGUGGGAGGGAGUGGGCGGAUGAAGCGCAGUUUGUACGUAUCUUGAGUUGCUGGAGCACGUUUGCGUAUCUCCCGUUUUGGCGUUUGGCAGACGGCGUAUCCUAGCGACUUAUCCUGCUUACAGAAUUGACCGUGUUUCAUUCCCCCCCCAGCCACCUACAAUAAUAACCGCCUUCCGCCACUCCACCAACACCCACAACGAAGAAAAGCUAGCCGCCCUCCCCGGCCCAACCCACAAAUUCGUCGCUAUUGACCUCUUCAUGGCCAACGCCGGCUUCACCCCCGACUCCGCCCUCAACCAGCCCACAGAACCGGGCCUCUUCCGGCGUCUCAACCCCUCCCGCACCGCCUACACCAAAGAGCAAUUCGGGGCCCACUUCAAAACCAUUCCGCCAGAAAUCGAACUCAAACAAGACGCCCUGGUCGUCCUCACCCGCAACCUCGCCCCCACCCUAGGC